AAACUGGUUUUGUGUACGUGUGUGCCAAGAUGUGUUAAGCAAUUGGAAAGCACCCGGAAACACCCAUAAACUAUAGAUUUUCAGUACUGGCAGUGUAUUUCGGAACGCAGCCGCAAUUGAUUACCCAUGAUAUAUGCUUCUUCCUAGUAUUCUUUAUUCAAUGGCCACGGCUCUCACGGAUGAACGUUGUAUUCUAAAUAUUUCCAAAAUAAAAUGUGCCGUUAGAUUGUAAUUUUGUAUUCGCGUAUCUUCGUUAUUUAUGUUUUAAUUGUGAUUAAAAUGGAUUCCUACGUAAUACAGAUUCGACGACUGUGGCUUAGUCAGGAUGGAGAAGCGUUGGCGGAUCUUCUGUCACUGAGACAUAGCCAUGUUAUGAUUCCACAAAUUGGUUCUGAAACUGCAAUAAACAAGGCUAUGGAGCAUUUAUCAGCACCCUUGGAUGAUUUGGUACUUUAUCACUUAAAAGCUAUAUUUGCAAUGAACAAGAAUGAUCUGUUUACAUUGUACAAUCAUCAAAGUUCAGCUGUGCAAUGUCUUGCAAAGAUUCUUCAAAUGCAAAAAGAGGAAAAUUGGAUGUUGCCAGUGAUGAAUGUAAUGUGUUUAGAAUUAAGGUUAUCUGCAAUAGGUGCAGAAAAUUCAAAGAGCAACAAGAACUUGAAACAUGGUGAAGUACUUGAAAAAUGUGCUGAAUGUUUGAUGGCUUGCUUUCGAGUUUGUGCAGCUGACAGUAGAAGUUCAGAGGAGGACACAAAAAGAUGGGGAAUGCUGGCUUUAAUCAAUCAAUUAUUAAAAGUAUAUUUUAGGAUUAAUAAAUUGCAUCUAUGUAAGCCUCUGAUACGGGCUAUAGAGUCUUCUUCUUACAAGGACCAUUUUGCAUUGGCACAACAAAUUACAUAUAAAUUUUUUGUUGGACGGAAAGCAAUGUUUGACAGUGAUUACAAAAUUGCUGACAAGUAUUUGACUUAUGCAUUCGAGCAUUGUCAUAUAAUGAGCUCGAAAAACAAGAGAUUGAUUCUGACUUAUCUUGUCCCCGUGAAGAUGUUACUGGGAUAUAUGCCAAAGCAGAGUGUCCUACAGAAAUAUAAUUUAAUGGAAUUUUGGGAAUUAAUGGAGUCCGUCAAGAAAGGAGAUUUGCGUUCAUUGGAAAAAGUGAUGGCAAAACAUGAAGCAUUUUUCAUUGGCGCCGGCAUAUAUUUGAUCGUUGAAAAACUCAAACUGAUUGCCUACAGAAAUUUAUUCAAAAAAGUGUAUCUAGUACUGCAUACACAUCAGAUACCAGUGCAGAGUUUGCUUGUGGCAUUACAAAUGUACGGAAUGGAAGAUAUAGAUAUGGAUGAGACGGAAUGCCUCCUCGCGAAUUUGAUAUAUGAAGGCAAAAUUAAAGGUUAUAUAUCGUUUCAACACAAGAAGUUAGUUAUAUCCAAGCAGAAUCCUUUUCCUCCAUUAUCUACGAUACCGUAAUUAUAAUACCGCGAUAGAUGUAUUAUAUUCAUAAUAAAUAUACUAUUUUUAACAUUCA